AUGUUUGGUUUCCAACAGAAGCAGAGCAUCUUCUUCGGUUAUCCUCUCUUGGCAGCAAUCUGCAUGUUCAAUCUUCUAUUUGCCGCCGGUCCCGGCCCCAUGGCUUUCUUCAUCACAGCUGAACUUGUCGAUCAAAAUGCCCGUGGAGCCGCCUGCACUUGGGUUACUGUGUUCAUGUGCACUGUAAGAUCGAUACUCGUUGCCAGCUAUCUGCCCCUGAAAAACCUCAUUGGUCAACCUAUGGCUUACCUGUCGUUGUUCUUUUCGCCAAUGGUUUGUUCUCUUUCACAGCUUCUUGCUUGUUAA